AUGAGUUACAACAACCAGGGAUACGACACCUAUAAUCCUUACGCGAAUCGAUACGGAGGAAGUCAAAAUAACGUCCAGGAGGGAUAUGGCCGGCCGCAGCUGUCAGAGCAGUACUCGGGCAGCCAUUAUGGACCGAGUGAUAGUCAGCAAACUGGCCAGCCUGGCGGUGGUUAUGAAAUGGAUGACAUGAAUGGCGCCGACCCCAACAGAAUCCUCAACGCUUGCCGGGAGAUCAACCGAGCUAUGGACACUGUUGAAGCCGAUUUGAAGGAACUCGAGGGAUAUCAACAACGAUAUUUGAAUGACACAGACACUUCUGCUCAAUCUCCCUGGCGUCUUCAAAUCGACCGAAAAAAUCAAGAAAUUAUGGUUAAGUACCGAGGUCUCAUAAACCGUGUCAAGAAAAUCAAGAGCGAUAGAGAAUCCAGCGAUAGUCGCAAUCGAGCCCAAGUCGGUAGCGUUGAGCGACGACUGAAAAAAUUCUACACCGACUACCAAGGAGUUGAGCACACAUUCCGAAGGGCUACCGAAGAGCAGAUAAAGAGACAAUACAGAAUUGUUCGUCCAGAUGCCUCAGAUGCCGAAGCCCAAGCAGCUGUUCAGAACCCUACCGAACAAAUCUUCCAGCAGGCUUUGAUCCGGAGCAACAACCUUGGCCAGGUACAGGCCGUGCAAAGCAAUGUUGCUUCUCGUCAUGCGGAUAUCAAGAAGAUUGAAGAGCAGAUGAUCGAACUUGCUCAGCUCUUCCAAGAUCUCGAGGCAUUGGUGGUGCAGCAAGAGCCUGCCGUCACUCAAAUCGAACAAAGAGGAGAAGAGGUCACAGAACAUGUCGCCAAAGCCAACACCGAGCUUGAGGGUGCAGUUACAAAGGCUAGAGCUGCCAGAAGGAAGAAGUGGAUGUGCUUGGGCAUUGUUGUGCUCAUUAUCAUCAUCAUCGUGGUCGUGGUCGUUGUGGUCGUUGAAGUUACGAACAACUAG